AGGCUGGUCAUUUGGCUUGAUGUCUCUUUUCAAAUCAUUAUUUAGGUUCUUGGAAACAAGUACCAUAGCAAAUUGCUUGAAGUAAUCAAUGCCAGCGAGUUGCCAGAUUUCUUGGGAGGUACCUGCACAUGUUUAGAUCAGGGAGGUUGCCUCAGAUCCGAUAAAGGGCCCUGGAAUAACCCUGAAAUUAUGAAGAUCAUUCUCAGUGGGGAAGCAAGGCGGCCAAGACAGGUCGUAAAAGUUCUAAACAGUGAAGGAAAGGUUAUUGCAUAUGCCAAGCCACGAUGCCCAAUGGUAAAAGGCAGUGAUACAUCCACAGCUGAAUCGGGGUCUGAAGCUGAAGAUAUAACUUCUCCAAAAACGGUGAAGAGUUACUCACACCUGACGUUGGCCCCUGUUCGUGAGGAAGUAAGUGUUGACCUUGUCUUUUGUUAACUCGGUGUUUAAUUGAUUGAUUGUAGGUUUUCGCACAUUCCUCCCCUUAGUAGUUAGUGGUAACUUAGCUGGGUAUCACGAAUACAUUCCAAUGGUAGACAAAGCUGUUGAUGUUGUCUUGAAGAAACAAGCAUCACUCCAGAGGUCUCCUAGUACAAAAGGUUAACAACUUUAACUUAUUAUUUAUGUUAUACACGCUUUCUAGUGCUCAGUAACCAAAAGUAUCAAAAUUUUGAGUGUUGUUUGUUGGUUUGUCCUAAAUCUCUAUAGAAAGCAUUACAUUUUGAGCUCCUAAUCUUUGGACAUUUGCUGGGUGUAAAUGUAUGAAUGUCACUAUCACAA